UCUCAGAACUCGAGAAAAACAACCGAGAAAUGGCUGAUUUUUGCAGCAUAUUUUCUUCAGAAUGAGCCAAGAUUAGGUUUAAGGGCAAGUUUAAUAGUCAUUAAAUUUGCUUAAAGGCCGAUCUGGCGGUUAUUAGGUAUAAAUUGCACAGGGCGUAGUGGCAAGUUUCCGGAAGGUGUCUGGUAUGGGAAGCAAGUCCAAGACGAAGGCUGCGGCAGAUAGCCCUGUUGCUCAAGUUUUGAACGUCAAUUUGACGAAUUCCAAGUUUGGAUUUGUAUCUAAAGCGGGAUGGAAGGGUAAAUCGCCUGUAAGCUCUUCUAGAAGAGUUUUUCUGGAGCCCGAUUUGGACCUCCUUGGUGGGUUUGCGUUCUUAUCCUUCGCGUCGCUCGAUGAACUCGAAAGUCAUAUCGAAAGCAACGAAGCGACAUCUACGGCCAUCAACGUAAAUGUGCGCCAGAAAAGGAAAAAAGAAGUCAGCGCUGGAAUUAUUGAGGAAAAAUUGGGCCUGUACGCUCCACCAAGCAAGAAAAAAGCUGCUACCGGUAAGAAAAAAGUUGCCAAGAAAUCUUGUCCCUUGACAACCGACGCGUUGGUAUUGUCAAGGGAGAAAACCGACACUGCCUCAGCCGCGAGCGCGUUUUUAAAUGAUCGAGAGCUUUCUCAAUCUAUCCCAGCAAAUGAUUCUGGUGACGCAAGCGAAAACAAUGAUCUGUCUUUGAGCGUUUUCUCCGAAAUUUCGCUUUUGUGCUCCGAAACUGUGGAUUUAGGGGAUGAUGAAGAUUCACAACAGGACGUAAACCAAGCUUCUGCAAAAUCUGUGGCUACUAAGAAUGUAGAAGAUGUUGUAGCUGACUUAUCAGCUUCUGGUAAGGUGAAUGAGGUUGAAUCAGAAGGGGUUGGCACAUCAUCUGAUUUGAUUCUUAGAAAGAAAACGAAGAAAAAAAGGAAACAUGAACAUUGUGAUCAAACAAGUCAAACCAAAUUUAGAAUAAAGAAACGAGGGAAACACGAAUCAAAAGUCCCAGAUACAGAGAGAACCCAAAAAGAAAAUACAGAGAACUUAGGAGAUGAUGAUAGUCUUACAUUACAAGAUGUGGAAAAUGUACAAUUUGAAGGCAGCAAUAAUGAAGAGGGAAAGAAGACUCAAGGGCCAUCAUCAUUGUUAAAACCAAAAAUGGAAAAAUCCUGGAGUGCACGAACCAUAGCAUGGCCUAUUAGAGGUGGUUUUUGGAAAAAUAAACAGAACACUUCUGAGUCAGUGGGUGCUCUGCAGUCACUGAAUUUGACUAGUAAUUUAUCUUCUGAGCUAAGUCUACCCAAAGAGGGGCCUGGGGCAGAGAAAAUUUCACAGGAUGUUUUAACACCAAUCAGCAGUGACCAAGAAGUUGAUAUUGGUGACGAAACAACAACCAUCAGUGUUUUUUCUGAUUUGAGUGACAAUUCCUCAGAAACAGACACAAUUGAUGGUAGUGGUUGUUUUCUCUUGAAUAAUAAGAUCCAAAAGGUUGAAAAAGAAGAAUCAGAGAAGGGAACAGAAGUUACAGAAGUUGACAUUGAAACAGUUGGGAGAGAAACAAGUAAGAACUUUCUUGUGGUGAGUGGCGUGGAGGCCAGUCACUUCAGUUACCACCCUGGAAUGACCAAAGAUGGAACAAUUGAUACAUCAAUUCAAGCAUGGCCAAAUGAGAUUGACAUUUUCUUGCAAUGUGCCAAAAUGCAGGAAGGGGAGGUGAUCAAGAUAAUUAAACCUGAUGAUUCUGAAGACUUACACUCCCAUAUGUCACAGAAAAAUGGUCGUGAUCCAAACACUGUUAAAGCAACAAGGAGUGCCACGGAAAGAAAGCGGCGUCACCACCUGGGUGAUCUGUUCAAUGACAUGAAGGUGGAGGUGUUUACUGACCUUGUUGAUGUAGACUUGUACUUUAGCAAACAAGCUAUUCUCAGCAAAGGAAUCAGUACAGUGGAAGAAUUAGCAAAAGAGUCAAGAGAUUUAAUUAACACAAAAAAUGAGCUUAUAAAAGCUAACAAAGAACUUCAGGAGAAAAGAAAUUUACUAAUGUUUGGAAAAAUUUCAAUUAAUGUUGAUCCUGCAAAGGUUGAUGCCAUAUUAAAGCACCUCAACAUUACUGUAGAGGAAGAAGAUGUCUCAAAAUCAGAAGAAAAUUUGAACAGGAAACAAGAUGUAGCUGUGAUAGCAAGUAACGAAUCUAAAGGUGCAAUGGAACCUUGUGUCAAGGGUCGUCCACGGGCAAAGAAGACAUUGCUGUCUCCUGUGGCAUGGAUUUCCAAUAUCAGUAACAAACCAGCACUGAAAAACAGAGAAGAACCACAAAGCUUAAGAGUUCCUCCAAAGAAAACUACUAUAGAGGGUGCUUUGGAAACAUCAAAAGAUAUUUUAGGUUUAGUGGCAUCCUCCACAGAGACAUCACCUUCAGUCAAUUCAAAUGCAUCAUGCGAAAGUCAAAGUCAGAAAGUGGGUCAAGAUCAAUCAAAAUUAUUCACCCACCUGCCACAUAUUUUCUUGACAGACAGCAGCACAGCAAAAAGCAAGCCAUCCCUGGAAUCAACCAGUCAAGAGGAACAAAAGGCAAAUUUGGUGAAAAUUUUGCCCAAGCCAGGUAUUCCUAUUCUUCAGUUACAUCCAACUCAGCAGAAAGUGAUCAUGGAAACUCUUGGACAGGUGAGGCAGCCAUCCAGCGAUAAAAUUAUUUGCAAUCUCUCACGGUUGAGUACCCAGCAGAAUCCCAGCAGUUCUACUGGAAUUCGAAUCAUUAGGAGUGAUGGCCCAUUCAUGAAUAACCUAGAAAGUAAGAAUGUUAUGCAUUUCACCAUUACUGGUACAAAUAAUACUUCAAAAAAAGCAGAUGAAGUCAGUUUGAACACUUCUUUGGCAUCCACAUUGACAACAAGUCAGCAAGUUUCAGCAACCCCCAGUGUAAAGAUGCCAAAUUUUGUCACAGGAGGGACUGCUAAAAUACCUGAAGUCUCUGGAAUCCAGACACCUGCUGUGCAAAAACAUGUCAAGAGUGCACUCUUAGUUUCCAAGCUUCCUCUGAUACCUGAAAAUGCAGAGGGUGCAAUUUUAAACACUUCUUUGGGAACCACAUUGACAACAAGUCAGCAAGUUUCAGCAACACCCAGCUUAACGGUGUCAAAUUUUGUUACAGUAGGGGCUGCUAAAAUACCUCAAGCACUUGGGAUUUCAACAUCACCCGUAGCACAAAAAAAUGAUGAAAAUACAGUCUUAGUCUCACAGAUUCCUGUAAAACCUUUACCAACAGCACAAGUUAUCAUUGAUGGAAAACAGUAUGGUGUGUUAACUUCAACCAGCAACACACCAACUUCUGACAUUGCACUGAGAGCACUAGCUUCUCUUAACCAAUUACAAGCCAACAAGGUCCCUCAAGCAGGAACAGUUACAAGCCCAGCAAGUCUGACUUUAACUCCUGUAGCUGGAAUCUUAAGUGGUCUAAAAAAUGUUGUAAUGAAAGUAGUUCCUAGGCAACCUGACACUUGCUCGUCAACAACUGACUUGCCAACAGUAUCCAUGGCUACAGGCACACCAAAAUUUCAGGGCAGCCAAGUUCACCUGACAUCUUCAAAACAAACUUUUUCAUCCACAACAAAACACCCACAGAUCUCUGUUAUACCAAUAAUUCCUAUUUCUAGUUCUUCUCCUCUGAACACAAGUCUCUCAUCAUUAACUCAAAAUUCCUUGCCAUCUUCUCCAAGUACAAGUACCAAUAGUACCAAUAGUGGUGCUAAUGUACCUCUGAUUAAAACAUGUUUAGAUCCAUUCAAUCUAGUUCCAAAACAAAUUGCAGCAUCAAGUCCACUUGCGUCAAGCCCACCCAUUUCAAGCUCCACCUGUACAGCCACUCUUCUGUCCACGCCUGUUGUGUCAACACCCAUUGUGGCAUCUACAACAGUGUCUGUAGAGCCAAGUCAUGCCACUACUGCCUUAGAUUUGGGAACUACUGAAAUCAAUAAUCAAGUGGAUGACUUGGUAAGAACUGCUCAAAGUUCUCCCAAGAUUCCUGAUGAUAUAUUUAAAGAAGAAUCAUUACAUUCUUCAACAGUUUUGACCCAGGAGAUGCUACAAAUACCAGGCUUAGAGCAAAAUCCAGAUGUGCCCCUGGCAAAACUGCCAGAGGUUAUUGAAAAUCUGGUUGAUUUGGACAAGAACACAGAUGAUGAAAAAUCACCAGAUCCUUUAAGUGAGUCUGAGGAAAGCCACUCUAAAGAAUCACCAGUUUGUGGUGUAACCAGGUCACUGCAUGCUUCAGGAAUACAAGUGGAUAAAACCUCAGUCUCUGCAUGGAGUUCUUUCAAUGUGAAAAAAGCCACCAGCCCACUAAAAGUGGAAAUCAAAGACUUCAGAAAAGUUUCAUCCUCAGUUAGAAAGGAAAGUACCCUACCAGAGUGAGGUUGAUUAAAGAAAUAUUGAGAGUGAAUUCAAAGCAAUUUCAAAUAUGGAUCAAGUACUUGACAUGUUUUGCCUCUUGCAAGUGAUAGAGUCAGAGACUUUAACCCUGACAUCAGUAUGCAUAUUCUCCAUACUGUUCUCUUUACAUCUCUUGAAGUGCUGACCAGAAGAAUUUGUUUAACAAUCAAGAGUGUCUUUAAAUUAGUGGUCGUCCCCUUUAGUUUCAUAACCCUAAUGUGUGAUUUGAGUUAACAUUGUGCUGAGAAAUUGGAUGCUAGUCACUCUUAGGGUUAAAGGGUAAAAGGAAAGUAUAUUUUUAGUUGAUAUGUUGCAAAAUGGUUCUCAAUUCCCUUUUUUUCCUUGUUUUCCAUUCUUUUUUUUUUUUUUUUGUCACAGCAGUGACGAAAGCAGCUUUGUUUAUUGAGCCCAAUAACAUGAAAUUUCAUCAGCAAGAUGUUAUUCAUAAGAGGCCUUAUUUUUCCUUGAAAAUUAGAGGUGGCUAUUAUUUUCUUAAAGGAAUAUUUUGAUGAAUGAUGGAUAAGCACCUAGGUUUCCAAAGUUCUUAAAUAGGAAAUAGGUAAAAAAGGCUAAUUCUCUUAAAGCCACAAUGAUUUUAUUAUUUGUGUAACAUGAUACAAAACCACUCCUCUUUCUGAUCUCCAUUCCACACAACCCACUAAUUUCUGCUAAAUUACAAUUAGUUUUAUCAGUAAAACAUAGUGGUAUAAAGCUCAGGUGUUAAAAGAUAUUAUAAAGAGUUCUUCUUGUUGCAUUAAAAAGAAAAUUACGCAGCUUAAUGGUUCAUGAAAGAGCAAACAGUAUUGACAAUGCAUGACAGUUAGGUAAAAUACCUUUCAAGGGUUAUGUGAUGUAAGUGAAAUAUUUAAUACACUGUUAAACCUUCCAUUUAAUCUUGCCAUCAUGAGACAACUCUGCUAUUUACUGUGUUAAAACAAACUGAAAUUGAUAUAGAUAUGUAUGUAAUGAAAGAUAAAGUUAGGGAAAGAGUAGUUAACACAAAGCUGCAUGUUCAAACAGUUUACAGUGACUUGGUUACCAAUUUGUUUCUUUUCUAGAAUUGUUUUAGUAGGAAGUAAAUGGUUAUUUGAUAAACAGGUGAAGGCCUUGUUGCAAAAGGUUUUUAAGCCUGUAGUUAAAUUUUGGGAUUUUGUUGCCUUCAUCCUUAUAAACACCUGCUGGCACAAUAAUUUUCCUCCCCCUGAUUCAAUUUGAAGUUGGAUUGCUCUUAAAGGUAGCAAGGAAUGUUGCUCUCAGCAAGUCAAGCAGGGAAAUUAUUGUAGAGAGGAUGGCAGCAACUUCUCUGAUAACAAGUAUUUAGGAGGGUAUACUACUGUACUUGCAGUCAUCAGUGACAUUAAGUUGUUGGUAUAGCACUAGUGCUGAUAAAUGUGAAGAUUUCUUUUGUAUAACAAAGAAAUUAAUUUAAUUUCAUCAUUAUCAUUAUUUUUGAGUGUGUGGUAGAGAAAUACAAAUUUAGUAGCCAUGUCAACUCUGUAAAUUUCAGUACAGGUAUAUAAAUAAAAGAGUGAAAAGACAUUUUGUUUAAAGACAAUGUAUUUUUUUGUGCAAUAUUUAACUAUAUAAUUUGUCUAGUGUUUUAGUGUAAAUAGCCCCUAAUUAUCAAUUGUAUCUCAUUGGUGAGGGGGAGAGGGGGCAGGUUUUAUUUCACCUGUUUUAAUUGGUGAAUUAAAGGGGGAAGUGAAGCUCAUUGGCCCUUUUUAUCCAGCAAUAAUCCUGGUGCUCACUAAAUUCAGUCAGAGAAUCAGUCAAAUGAAAUAAAUUUAUCAUGUAAAGAUUCUUUUUAUUAAUAACAUGUUUUACUGACAGAGUUAAAAUAAAUAAGUUUAAAUAAGCACUAACCUUUGUUUAUUUUUUCAAUAACUUAGCAAGGAAAAUCGUAAACUAAUCAUGUAUCCAUGCAGUCACUCAGGAAAUUCUCGUAUUUAAAAAAAAAAA